AUGGGCGAUAUGCGCAUCAACCUCGUCGACCUCGGCGGCCAGCGCUCUGAGCGGAACAAGUGGAUCCAGUCGUUCGAGUCUGUGACCUCGAUCAUUUUCUGUGUGGCGUUGAGCGAGUACGACCAGAUGCUUCUCGAGGAUCCUACGCAGAACCGCAUGGCCGAGAGCUUGGUGCUGUUCGAGAGCGUCGUCAACAGCCGUACGUAUCGCCGUCUUACCGCAGGCUGGUUCUUGCGCACGUCUGUGAUCCUCUUUCUGAACAAAAUUGAUGUCUUCACGAAGAAGCUCCCGCAGCGGCCACUCGCCGACUACUUUCCCGACUACAAGGGCGGCAACGACGUGAACAAGGCGGCCAAGUACAUUCUAUGGCGCUUUACCUCGUUGAACCGCGCCAAGCUGCAAAUCUACCCCCAUAUUACCCAGGCCAUCGACACAAACAAUAUCCGGCUGGUGUUUGCUGCUGUGAAGGAAACCCUACUGAAUAACGCGCUACGAGAAACGGGCUUUUUGUGA